AUGAUAUAUCAUCACUACACCAAAUAUGAGGCAAACGAUUCUCAGAUGAUGUUAUACAAUUUCACAUCGGGUGUUCUUCGUGAAUUAAGUUCGAAAUGGUCUGAUAUUGUAAUCAACCCAAUGAAUGGUAUAAUUUCACCUGAUGGUAAAAAUUUUGUGUUUAUGGGUCGAAACCCUACAAGCAACUGUUUUAACAUUUUUGAGUACGAUCUAACUUCAGACAAAUUGCCAAUCAAUCUUUCACAGAAUCCUGAUGAUUAUGAUGAAGACGUUCACUACAAUUUUGAUGGAUCAAAAUUUGUUUUUAAGCAUAAUUGGCAUCUUGUGGAGUUGGACAGAAAGACGGGAAAAUUAAUUGAUAUAACCGAUAAUACCAUUGAAGCUUCUCAACCAGUGUAUUAUACAGACACUCAAAUAGUAUAUUCGAGUGGUGCGGAUACUCAAGCAAGUAUAUGGACCGUGAAUACCAAUUCUAAAGUAAAAAGUUUACUGUACGACCAUAAGAAUUUGACGGAUUAUUACCCUGCAAGAUACAACAAAACACAUUUUAUUUUUACAAGUUGGUACGACGAGAAAAGAACAGACCAACUUUUUAUUGGAAGGUGGGACGGAAAGGAUGAGAGUGUGAGAUUGAGUUUGAAUGAUAAAAAUACAGACCAUUCAGACGCAGCUGCUUUUGGAGAUGGAAGUAAUAGAAUUGCGUUGUGCACCACAGAGAAGGGAAAUUAUGAUUUGUAUUUUGGUGAUGUCGUGACGGGUGAAAAGUGGUCGCUUGACUUGUUCAAUACCCAAAUUAAUACAGAGUUAAAUGAAUUGGCACCAUGUGUAUACAUUGAAAAAGAAGAAAGUAGUGAUGGUGUUGAAUGUUUGGUGCGAAUUAUCACGACGAUUGUUGUUGUGUUAUUAAUUUGA